GGAUGAUAUCCAUCAGCCCAUCUAAUUUGUUGGACGAAUGAUCCGAUUCAAGGGGGUGCGGCCUAGGAUAAGGUACUGUAGGGCGAUUAUGGGGAACUUCCCAUCUAGAAAUGACAAAGGGAGGCAUGCAUUGCGUCACUUCCGUCUUAUUAUCACAUUAGCAUUCCUGCUCCACAUUUAUGACAUCUCUUCCCAUCAGACAGAAUCCAGCACUCCAUUUCUCAACACAACUUUUCUGUCUCUCUCUCUCUCUCGCUUUGCCCUAACUUAUUCCAUCACGUCGACUAACCGAGUCUUUCUACUUAGUUUCUCAGUCGUACUAGACAGUUUCCAGCGUGCUAGCUAAUUGGCAAGUGGGUCCCUGCAUGGCUAGGC